AUGAAAAUUGCAGUUCUGGGCGGUGACGGAUUUGUCGGCUGGCCGACCGCGCUUCACCUGUCGGCCAAGGGCCAUGACGUCCACAUCAUCGACAAUCUGUCGCGCCGCUGGAUCGACACCGAACUGGGCGUGCAGUCGCUGACGCCGAUGGAUUCGAUCCAGGAGCGCACCCGCAUCUGGCACGCCGAGACCGGCCGCCGCAUCCAUUUCCACCUGAUCGAUCUGGCCCGCGACUAUGACGUGCUCAAGGGCUGGCUCGCCGAGCACCGCCCGGACGCGAUCGUCCAUUUCGCCGAACAGCGCGCCGCGCCCUAUUCGAUGAAGACCGACCGGCACAAGAACUACACGGUCAACAACAACGUCAACGCCACGCACAAUCUGCUCAACGCGAUCGUCGAGAUCGGCAUCGAUCCGCAUCUGGUGCAUCUGGGCACGAUGGGCGUCUAUGGCUAUUCGACCAUCGGUGCGGCAAUCCCCGAGGGUUAUCUGCCGGUCGGCAUCGAGACGAUGGACGGCGAUACGGUCACCCAGGACAUCCUCUAUCCGGCGAACCCCGGCUCAAUCUACCACAUGACCAAGUGUCUCGAUCAGUUGCUGUUCCAGUUCUAUGCCAAGAAUGACGGGUUGCGGAUCACCGACCUGCACCAGGGCAUCGUCUGGGGCACGCACACCGCCGAGACGAAGCUGCAUCCGCAGCUGAUCAACCGGUUCGACUAUGACGGCGAUUAUGGCACGGUGCUCAACCGCUUCCUGAUCCAGGCGGCGAUCGGCCAUCCGCUGACCGUGCACGGCACCGGCGGGCAGACGCGUGCCUUCAUCCACAUCCAGGAUUCGGUGCGCUGCAUCGAGCUGGCGCUUUCCGACGCGCCGGCCAAGGGCGACAAGGUCAAGAUCUUCAACCAGAUGACCGAGACGCACCGGGUGCGCGAUCUGGCCGAAAUGAUUGCCAGGAUGACCGGCGCGAAGAUCGCUUUCCUGCCCAACCCGCGCAAGGAAGCCGCCGAGAACGAGCUUGUCGUCAAAAACGAGCAGUUUCUGGCGCUCGGCCUCGAGCCGAUCACGCUCGCCGAAGGACUGCUCGAAGAGGUCGUCGAUGUGGCCAAGAAGUUCGCCUACCGCGUCGACCGGUCGCGCGUGCCGGCGGUUUCGGCCUGGACCAAGGACAUCGCCAAGACCGUCGAGACCGACCCCGAGGGCAAGCGCCUGAAAAGCGUGUCCUGA